AUGCUAUCUUGUCUCGUCGGAUCUUCGCUCGGGUUUCUCUUGAUACGAGUCCCCUGUCAGGUGCUGAAGCGACACGACUUGUGGUGGAAUGAUCUUAUUCUAGUCGCAUCGUGGGUUCUACUCCUAGCCAAUUUCAUAUCGGUCAAGUUGGCCCUUGACAUUAUUUCCGGUGCCGCCGAGAUCGACUUUCCCGAUCAGACCCGGCUUGAAUUUCUCGGAGGCUUAGCGAGGCUGUGCGCCGAGGUCGCCACCGCCCUCUCUAAAACAUCUUACGGCCUGGCGCUUUUGCGCCUGAUGAGUGUCCAAAAAGAUGUGUCUCCACAUCGCAAGCUCCGGUGGCUCAUUUGGUUCCUUCUGGUCAGUGUGAACAUCAUAUUAUGGCCUGCAGCCCUGGUUCCGUUCAUUAGAUGCCGCCUUGGGCUAUUAUCUACCACGCCGGAAAGAUGCUGGGGUUCAGAGUUAGAUGUCGCCUUCGGUGUUGGCGGAAGUGGAUACUCUGGUGCGUCUGACGUGGUGCUGGCUCUUCUACCACUUGAGACCAUCUUGGGCAAAUUACGGGGUCUGAAGAGGUUCGGCGUGCUAUUCGCUAUGAGUCUGGGGUUUGUUGCUGCAGCGGCGGCGUUUACCCAGUGCAGUCAGAUCCCGAACAUCGACGACACAUUGCCUUUUACCGGGCCUGUCUCUGUCCUUUCCAACUUCGUGGAGUCGACAUCGACCAUCAUAAUGGCGGCGUCAUUGCCGAUACUGAGAGCGUAUCCUCGCAUUGGCGACGGAACAAGGAUCAGCCAUAGCGAGGACCCGCCACCGCGAAUGAUUUGGCUUAUUGCGGAAAAGUCCUUGGGUUCUGAGGGAUUACCGCGCUCGCAAACGAGAGAUUCGAAAAUGAGUCCAUUUGGCCGCACCUGGAGCACUAUAUCAUCCGCACUGCGCGAUCUCGAGCCGAUCUGGGCCCGUAGACAGAAAGAGGCCGCAACACUACAGUGGUCCCGACCUUAUACGCCGAGUGUUUACAGUACUCAAACAGUGGAUAAUGGUAGCACCACCAGCUUAGCCAUGGGAUGGGACAGCAACCAUAUUGUCAGCCGCCUGAGUGAUAUUGUGGAGGAGUCAUGGAAGGGCAGGAGUAUACUCAAAACACCAGAACCAGCGGUCGUAAUUCAACCCACACCGAGCAAUGUUGCCCCUUACAGGGCCCCUUACAGGGGAGACAAAAGUGACUGGGAUAUCGAGAAAGGCUCCAUGAUUUAA